GGCUACUGGGUUUGGUGGGUGAAUUUUUUUUUGUGAAGCUUCUUCAUAAAGAUUGCUGUGCAAGACUUUUUUCUUCGAGGCUGACGCUUAAAAAACCGUGAGAGGGAUCAAAGAGUGUGUGCAUAGAUAACAAGUACGCCAUGAACAACGGCUUCAGUACGGGGGAAGAGGACUCACGGGGUCCCUCGGAUCAGAUCUGUUGUCUUGUGGACGAUGGUGAGAGGUGCCGUAAUCCAGCUGGAAAUGCCUCAUACAACAAAAGAAUCCAGAAAACCGUCACCCAGAGACGUCUAAAACUCAAUAUCGAUAGCCAUGCCCACCAUAUCUACAUCUGUGACUUCCACAAAACACGGAUACAGUGCGCACGGACAAAGAGACGCCGUAAAGACAGUGAAGAGGACAGCAAUGAGACAGACACUGAUCUUCCAGAAGUUGAUCUUUAUCAACUCCAAGUAAAUACCCUCAGACGCUACAAAAGACACUACAAAGUUUCCACGCGUCCGGGAAUGAAUAAAGCCCAACUAGCAGACACCAUCAUGAAGCACUUCAAGACGAUUCCCAUCAAGGAGAAGGAAAUUCUCACAUACUUCAUCUACAUGGUCAAAUCAAACUCCAAUAAACUGGACCAAAAGAAUGGAAUUGGAAAUGAAGGCACUUGAAUGUUUUCCGGACAAUCUUUUGUGUAUUUAUUGUGGUCUGUGAGUAAUUAAAACUAUGACGAGAUCGACGAAA